AUGGCAGAAGGCAUCCCUCCCGACUCCCCAGCGGAGAGGGUUCGAUCCAUCACUCAGUACCUCUACCCGGAUCUCCUCCUCCUGGUCUUCAUCCUCGUCGGCGCCACCCACUCCGUCUACACCGCCAUGCGCAAGGAAGAUGUAGUCGUGCCCACCGUGACAGGCCCUGGGGGGAAGCCGCUACCCGUCACCAAGCUGCGAAGAUCGGACGAUGAUGCGUCCGAAGCUGAAGAAUUCAACCCCCACUCUAGGAGGUUCUUCCAGUAUAGCAUGAUCGUCGCGACUUCGACCUUCGUCGCUGCUGGCGCCGCGAUUGCUACCCGUGCGCUCAUUCACCGCAGCGCUGAUGGCGGGGAUGGCUGGUGGUGUGGCGAGCCGAAGACUGUCUUUGUCCUCGGCUCGGCGUCGCUGUACGUCUACCUGACGCUGACCCUGUUCGACUGGAAGAGCAGCCCGGGCCUGGUCCAUAUCCUCACCUGGAGCCUGGCGCUCUGUGGGGAUAUCAUCAUAUUUGUCUGCGAUGCGGUCGUCCUAUCCCGACCCCACAAGGUCAUGGCAAAUCUGAACCGCAACAAAUAUGUCGUCGUCGACGGGUUGAGCAGAUGGGACGUGAUCGAUCUCAGCUUGUCUCUGGCGAGAAUCGUUAUCCUGGCCGGUAUGAUCGUAGUGUAUUUCGCCAUUAUGUGUCUGAAGAGGCAGGUGGCGCCGGAGAAGUACGAGCAGGGACAUGACUAUGAAUAUGAACCCGACGAGGCCACACCCCUGCUUAACGGCGAAUCGAAUGGUUACCAUGCAAACGGGCACUCCCUCCGCCCGGGCGUCAAUGGCGCCGCCGCGGCGAACGGCCAUGGUGCUGCUGAUUCGAGCCACCCUGUGGUUGACGAGGAUGCCGGGUUCUACCGGCCCGAGAAGCUGCCACACACUACCUGGCUCGAGUACCUCCGCGGGUACUCGGUGUUUUUUCCGUACAUGUGGCCGAACAAGCAGCUGAGGCUACAGAUCAUCGUCGUCAUCUGCUUCUUCCUAUUGGUGCUCCAGCGAUGGGUCAAUAUCAUGGUCCCGUAUCAGAUCGGCGUCGUGACAAACCAUCUCUCUGGCGACGACCUUCCGAAGGGCGAGCCGCACACCAUGCCCUGGCUCGAACUCAGCCUCUUGAUUCUUUACAAGUUAUUGCAAGGGCCCUCCGGGCUUUUGGGAUCGGUUAGGUCUCUUCUCUGGAUACCCGUAUCUCAGCACACCUAUCGGGCCCUCACAACGUCGGCGUUUGAGCACGUGCAUUCUCUGAGUCUCGAUUUCCACCUAGGCAAGAGAACCGGGGAGGUCCUGUCCGCGCUGAACAAGGGUUCGGCUGUCAACCAAUUCCUCGAGCAAGUUACCUUUCAGGUCUUCCCGAUGCUCAUUGACUUGUUUGUAGCUAUAAGUUACUUCUACGUCAGAUUCGAUGCUGUUUACGCCGUCAUCGUCUGUACGAUCACGUUCUACUACUUGUUCCUCACGAUUCGCAUGGCGUCCAAGACCGCAGAUCAGAGGCGGGCGAUGUCUAAUGCUGACAGGGAAGAAGAGGCAGUCAAGAACGACUCGAUCAUAUCGUACGAGACAGUCAAGUACUUCAACGCGGAGACGUUCGAAUUCAAUCGGUACCGGGAGGCUAUACGCAAUUUCCAAGUUGCCGAGGCCGAAGUUACCUGGAGCAUAAGCACGAUGAACAUCUGCCAGUCGCUCGUGUUCAUGAUAGGGAUGCUGAUCGCCAUGAUGCUCGGCGCUUACCAAGUGACGACGGGCAGCCGCAAAGUGGGAGAUUUCGUCACGUUGAUGACUUACCUCGGCCAGCUACAGGGGCCGCUCAACUUCUUCGGGACAUUCUACCGCACCGUCCAGCAAGCCAUGAUCUCCGGGGAACGCCUCUUGGAGCUCUUCAAGCAGCGCCCAACCGUCGUCGACCGCCCCGGCGCGGUCAAUGUCACCUCGUGCGAAGGUCGUGUCGAAUUUUCCAAGGUCAAAUUUGCCUACGAUAAGAGGAAGCCGGCGUUAAGGAAUCUUACCUUCACGUGUGAGCCCGGGACGACGACAGCUCUGGUCGGCGAGUCGGGCGGCGGCAAAUCGACGCUGUUCCGAUUGAUGUACCGCUAUUUCAACUGCCAAGAGGGUAACAUCAAGAUCGACGGCCAAGAUAUCAAGGAUGUCACAAUCGAUUCUGUCCGACGCUACAUAGGAGUGGUGCCUCAGGAUACCGUCUUGUUCAACGACACUCUCAUGUACAACCUAAAGUAUGCCAACCAGAGCGCGACCGAGGCGGACAUCAUCGCGGCGUGCCAAGCUGCCAGCAUUCAUGACCGAAUCAUGUCCUUCCCGGAUGGUUACGAUACCAAGGUCGGCGAGCGUGGUCUGCGUCUGAGCGGCGGUGAGAAGCAGAGAGUGGCCAUUGCGCGGACUCUUCUCAAGAAGCCCAAGAUCAUCAUGCUCGACGAGGCCACCUCUGCGCUCGAUAGCCAUACCGAGCAACAGAUCCAGUCGCGACUCGCCACCAUCGGUCGCGGCCGUACCUUGCUCAUUAUUGCGCACCGUCUCUCCACAAUCACGCACGCGGACCAAAUUCUGGUGUUGCACCAGGGAACCAUCGUCGAGAAAGGCACGCACGAGAAGCUCCUCGAGCUUAAUGGACGGUAUGCGUCUAUGUGGAAUCGUCAAGCCAAGGCGGAGAAGGCGGCCGAGGACGCGCGCAACGCCACCCGCAAGGCGGAAAAGCUGCUGCGCAAGGCCAACAUUCCCUCCUCGUCGGACGAGCACCACAACCGAGCGGAGCACCGCAACAAUAGCAACAAUAAUCGACACGACGACUCAAGCAGCUCGUCUGAUGAGUCGGUAACCGCCCAAGACCGAGGGGCGGCCCAGUCUGACUCCGUAACCUCGGCCGAAGGAUGCCCUCGAUCGACCCAUUAA